UGGGAUAGUCUCGGAUACGGAUAGUGGAGUCUGGAUACACAUUUACCCUGAGAGUCUGCGAUCACCUGAGCGAUCAUCAUGCCGGUUUUCCACACGAAGACGAUCGAGAGUAUCCUGGAGCCGGUGGCCCAGCAGAUCUCCCAUCUGGUGAUCAUGCACGAGGAGGGAGAGGUGGACGGGAAAGCCAUCCCGGACCUCAGCGCUCCUGUGUUGGCCGUGCAGGCGGCUGUCAGCAACCUGGUCCGGGAAGAGGUGGAGAACGCGUGCACUAAACUGGUUCAGGCGGCUCAGAUGCUAAAGGCCGACCCGUAUUCAGUGCCGGCUAGAGAUUAUCUGAUCGACGGCUCCCGUGGGAUCCUGUCCGGCACGUCUGACCUCCUGCUGACCUUCGACGAGGCCGAGGUCCGUAAAAUCAUCCGCGUGUGUAAAGGCAUUCUGGAGUAUCUGACCGUAGCAGAGGUGGUGGAGUCCAUGGAGGAUCUCAUCACUUACACCAAAAACCUGGGACCCGGCAUGACGAAGAUGGCCAAGAUGAUUGAUGAGCGCCAGCAGGAAUUAACCCAUCAGGAGCACAGAGUCAUGCUGGUCAACUCCAUGAACACUGUGAAGGAGCUCCUGCCCGUCCUCAUCUCAGGCAUCAAGAUCUUCGUAACCACCAGGACGUCUCAGGGAAAGGGUGUGGAGGAGGCGCUGAAGAACAGGAACUUCACGGUGGAGAAGAUGAACACAGAAAUCAACGAGAUCAUCCGCGUUCUGCAGCUCACGUCCUGGGAUGAGGAUGCCUGGGCCAAUAAGGACACAGAGGCCAUGAAGCGCGCGCUGGCUCUCAUUGACUCCAAAAUGGCCCAAGCCAAAAACUGGCUCCGAGACCCUCAAGGCCAACCAGGAGGUCCAGGUGAACAGGCCAUACGGCAGAUCUUAGAUGAAGCUGAGAAAGUUGGUGAACUCUGUGCUGGGAAAGAGAGACGAGACAUUGUGGGAACAGCCAAAACACUCGGACAACUUACAGAACAGGUGUCUGAUCUGAGGGCCAGGGGUCAGGGUGCGAAUCCAGUGGCCAUGCAAAAAGCCCAGCAGGUCUCUCAGGGUCUGGACGUCCUGACAGGGAAAGUGGAAAACGCGGCUCGUAAACUGGAGGCAAUGACCGGCUCCAAACAGGCCAUCGCUAAGAGGAUCGAUGCGGCUCAGAGCUGGCUUGCGGAUCCUCAUAGUGGCCCAGAAGGAGAGGAGAAUAUCAGGGCUCUUCUAGGAGAAGCCAGGAAGAUUGCAGAUCUGUGUGAAGAUCCCAAAGAGCGGGAGGAUAUCCUGCGCAGCAUGAGCGAGAUCGCAGCACUCAGCGGGAAACUAGCAGAGCUCAAGAGAGCAGGUAAAGGUGAUACUCCAGAGGCUCGAGCUCUGGCUAAGCAGAUCGCCACGGCUCUGCAGAACCUGCAGUCUAAAACCAGUAAAGCGGUGGCAAACACUCGACCGGCCAAAGCAGCCGUUCAUCUGGCCGGAAAGAUGGAGCAGGCCGGCCGCUGGAUUGACAACCCCACGCUGGACGACAGUGGCGUCGGGCAGGGUGGCAUCCGCGGUCUGCUGGCAGAAGGUCGUCGUCUGGCCAAUGCUCUGCCGGCGGCGCAGCGUCAGGAGCUGCUGGGUAAAUGUGAGCAGGUUGAACACCUGAUGGCACAGCUGGCAGAGCUGGCAGCUCGAGGAGAAGGAGACAGUCCACAGGCCCGUGCCAUCGCUCAGCAGCUGCAACACACACUCAAAGAGCUGGAGGGUAAGAUGCAAGACGCCAUGACACAGGAAGUGUCCGACAUCUUCAGCGACACCACCACUCCAAUCAAACUACUGGCUGUAGCGGCGACGGCUCCUUCAGACUCUCCCAACAGAGAGGAGGUGUUUAAGGAACGGGCCUCAAACUUUGAGAAUCACGCUAGUCGUCUGGGAGCCACGGCGGAGAAAGCAGCAGCGGUCGGGACCGCAAACAAGAGCACGGUGGAGGGCAUACAGGCGGCGGUCAAAUCAGCCAGAGACCUGACGCCGCAGGUCGUUUCUGCUGCUCGCAUCCUGCUGAAGAAUCCUGGAAAUCAGGCAGCAUUUGAGCACUUCGAGACCAUGAAGAACCAGUGGAUCGACAACGUGGAGAAAAUGACAGGUCUGGUGGAUGAAGCCAUAGACACCAGGUCUCUGCUCGCCGCAUCGGAAGACGCCAUUAAGAAAGAUCUGGAUAAAUGUCAGGUGGCCAUGGCCAAUCACCAGCCUCAGAUGCUUGUCGCCGGGGCAACCAGCAUCGCCCGACGGGCCAAUCGGAUCCUGCUGGUGGCGAAGCGAGAGAUUGAAAACUCAGAGGACCCGAAGUUCAGAGAAACGGUGAAAGCGGCUUCAGACGAGCUCAGCAGAACCAUCUCUCCAAUGGUCAUGGAUGCCAAAGCUGUGGCCGCAAACAUAAAGGACCAAGGCCUUCAGAGGGGCUUCCUGGACUCCGGUUUUAAGAUUCUGGGUGCGGUGGCUAACGUCAGGGACGCUUUCCAGCCGCAGGAGCCCGAAUUCCCUCCUCCACCUCCAGACCUGGAGAGCCUGCAGAUAAGCGACACGGCUGCUCCUCCCAAACCACCGCUGCCGGAGGGUGAAGUUCCUCCACCCAGACCUCCACCACCCGAGGAGAAGGACGAGGAGUUCCCGGAGCAGCAGGCCGGAGAGAUGGUCAGCGAGCCCAUGAUGGUGGCCGCACGACAGCUGCACGACGAGGCCCGCAAGUGGUCCAGCAAGGGUAAUGAUAUCAUCGGUGCGGCGAAGCGCAUGGCUCUGCUGAUGGCUGAAAUGUCUCGUCUGGUUCGGGGCAGUGGCGGAAAUAAGAGAGCCCUCAUCCAGUGCGCUAAAGACAUUGCUAAAGCCUCUGAUGAGGUCACGCGCCUCGCUAAAGAGGUUGCUAAACAGUGCACAGACAAACGCAUACGGACCAACCUGCUGCAGGUGUGUGAGAGGAUCCCCACCAUCAGUACUCAGCUGAAGAUUCUGUCCACGGUGAAGGCUACAAUGUUGGGCCGCACCAACAUUAGCGAGGAGGAAUCAGAGCAGGCCACUGAGAUGCUGGUCCACAACGCUCAGAACCUCAUGCAGUCCGUGAAAGAGACUGUCCGAGAAGCUGAAGCCGCAUCCAUCAAGAUCCGCACUGACGCCGGCUUCACCCUGCACUGGGUCCGCAAGACACCCUGGUACCAGUGAGACCACAGCGCACGUAUCCAACAAUGCAUUUCAGUCCAUAAAUGUCCAACGCAGACCUGUCAUCAAACUCCUGGAUUAUAUAUUCCAUAUUUUGUUCUUUAUUGUUGAUGAGUGUCAGGAAAUAGGUGAUUCUGUUCCUUUAAAGCAGGGGUGUCCAAAC